GAAAAAAAUAAUUAUUGGUGUUGGUGCGCAAGGCCGUUUGCCUUUUUCUUUCUGUUUUUAGGUUUUGACAAGAUGAAGAUCGGUCUCUGUGCCUACAGUGGGUACAAAAUUUACCCAGGUCAUGGAAAAACCAUGGUCAAAGUUGAUGGAAAGAAUUUCACUUUCCUCAACUCGAAAUGUGAACGGGCACAUUUGAUGAAAAGGAACCCCCGUAAAGUGACAUGGACAGUGCUUUACAGGCGUAAACACAAGAAGGGUCAAGAAGAAGAAGCCACCAAAAAACGUACCCGUAGGACACAAAAAUUCCAACGUGCUAUUGUCGGAGCUUCUUUAAAUGAUAUUAUGGCUAAGAGAAAUCAAAGGCCAGAAGUAAGGGAAGCACAGAGAGAACAAGCUAUCCGUGCUGCCAAAGAAGCAAAAAAAUCAACGAGACCGCAGACAACUAAAAAGGCUAGCGCCCCAGCCAAGGCAAAGCCAGCACCCAAGCAAAAGAUCGCCAAGGUGGUCCAGAAGGCCGCUCCAAGGGUUGGGGGUAGACGAUAAGUUGACCUUAUUGUGUUUUUUAUUUAAAUAAAUUUGAUUUAAGUAAGUUAACUAUUA